UGAUAGAUAUGUAUCAAAUUAUCAAUCAGGUUGUAAAUAAAAACAUCUGAUCAAACAAAAACAAUGCCCACACUUAACAGUUUACACCACCAUUCAUAUUCAUAUAUACAUGCACCUUCCUCAUUGGUCUGUUCAUGAUCAUUACAAAACCCACACUCAAUUUUUCAUCCAUCCUUUUCUUUUCCAAUAUAUUCCAACCCUAUUUUUCUCAUGCAACAAACACGGUCUAACAUUGGAUUUAUAGAGAGAGAAGAAUAAGAAUACAAAGAAGAAAGAAGAAGAACAAACAAACAAGCUUUCCUUUUUACGUGCAGACAUGAAAAACAACCAAACCAAACCACCAAUACUCAAAUACUUCUUUCUCUCUCUCUUUCUCUUUCUCCCUUUCUUUCUUUUCUUAUUUUCUCUCAAACCCAAACACCACCAAAACACCACCACAGAAGCAACAUCCAAAACCGAAAUUCACAGCGCCGGAGACCUCAAAAUCAGACCCGGAUACGCCUCUUAUGAAUCGUACAUACAACGCCAACUCCACAAGACCCUUAACCCUAAACUCAGGCAAGUAUGGACAACAAGGGAUUGGGACAGAAAAAUCCAAGUCUUUGUUCAGUUCUUCCAAGAUUUGAAGCGAAAAGAGCUUCUGUUCAACGAGUCCAAAGCUCUUUCUAUUGGGGCCCGUGUCGGGCAAGAGGUGGAGGCUCUGAGACGUGUCGGCGUGUCCGACUCGGUUGGGAUCGACUUGGUGCCGUAUCCUCCGCUUGUGAUCAAAGGUGACUUUCACAACCAGCCGUUUGGGAACGAAACCUUCGACUUCGAGUUCUCCAACGUGUUCGAUCACGCGCUGUAUCCGGACAAGUUCGUUGGAGAGAUCGAACGGACGUUGAAGCCUAAUGGGGUCUGUGUUUUACACGUGGCCUUGUCUAGACGGUCCGAUAAGUACUCGGCUAACGAUUUGUAUAGCGUGAAACCAUUGGUGGAGAUGUUCAAGGUUUCGGAGGUUGUUCACGUACGAAAAGUUGACGGUUUCGGAUUGGAUACUGAGGUUGUCUUCAGGAAAAAAACAGUGAUCUAAUUGGCAUGAAUUUUUUUUUCUUCUUUUCAUUUCUUUUUUUAUUGUCAUUAAUUUACUCAAAAAUUUUGUCUUUUGGUUUUUUUUGGGUGAUGUAACCAAAUAUGAGUUUGUUUAUAAUAUGGGAUUUUUUUUUCUUUGCUAUAUAUAUGAGGUUUUUU